AUGUUUUUCAGAUCGAGAUUGAGAUCGCCAAUGUUGAGAACCCGUGAUUCGCCGUCGCCUUCUUCCAGAACUGGUCGGAAUUUGAAUAGAAGGUCUUCCAGAACAACUCGACGAAAUUCAAAUUCGCCGUCGUCUAGAACUCGCCAUAUUUCGAGAUUGGGAUCUUCCAGAACCCGUAGAAUUUCGAAUUCAAGUUCUCCCAGAACUCGUCGUGAUUCAAAUUCCGCUGGUAUUCAUUCAACUCCGCAUUAUGCUUCAACCCGCCAUCCAAAAUCCUUUUGUCCAGAAUAUGAAGAUCAUUCCAACCCUUCCAACCGCAAAAAUCAAAAGCAAAGAAACUUUUGA